AUUCCACGCAUGCUCAUAAAAACGUGGCAUUAGGCAUACAGGUUUUCAAGCGUCCCAACAGCAGCCUCCGGGAGGAACCACAGAUUCUAUUUUCGUAACGGCAAAUCAAAUCCCCCCGAUUGAAUGGCGUCCCGCGCUCUCUUCUUCGGUCUAACUCGAAAAUGUAGCAGCAGAAGCAUCAACCCUCGAUGUCGAAGUGGUGGAAUCUUGUGCAGAUUGCUGUCUUCGGGCGCGCCGAGAACCGAACAUUUGGAGGAGUCUACGAACUCUACAUGGAGUGAUGGUGGUGAAAACGAUGAUCUGAAGAGCAGGAUUUUCAGGCUCAGACUACCCAAACGAAGUGCCACCAACGUUCUUCAGAGAUGGGUCCAUGAGGGCAAUCGUAUCACGCUCUCCGAGCUUCGCCACAUCUCCAAAGAGCUCAGGAAAUCCCAGCGCCACAAACAUGCUCUUGAGAUAUCUGAGUGGAUGGUUACCCAUGAAGAGUUUGAGUUAUCAGACUCUGACUUUGCAGACCGUAUUGAGCUGAUGAGUAAAGUUUUUGGAAUUAAUGCUGCCGAACGCUACUUUGAGGGGUUACCUCUCACUGCAAAAACUUGUGAAACCUACACUGCUCUCCUUCACUCAUUUGCUGGGGCAAAAUUGACGGAGAAGGCUGAGGAACUUUAUGAAAGAAUAAAGGAGUCAAACCUGCUGUUUAGUGCCCUUACAUACAAUGAGAUGAUGACUUUGUACAUGUCAGUUGGACAGGUGGAGAAGGUUUCUUCAGUUGUUGAAGAACUAAAACGCCAGAAGAUUGCUCCAGAUCUCUUCACUUAUAACCUGUGGAUAAGUUCAUGUGCUGCAACUCUAAACAUUGAAGGGGUUAGAAGGAUUCUUGAUGAAAUGAGUUGUGACUCUAGCUCCAAUGAAGGUUGGGUAAGAUACAUAAACCUUGCCAAUAUAUAUGUUACAGCUAGUCAGCUUGUCAAUUCAGGACCGAACUCCAUAGUUGAUUCUGAGAAGGGUAUUACACAGCGAGAAUGGAUAACUUAUGAUUUCCUCAUUCUUCUUUUUGCGGGUCUGGGAAACAAAGAUAAAAUCAAUCAAAUAUGGGCAUCCAUGAAAAUGACUAAACAGAAAAUGACAGGUAGAAACUAUGCCUCUAUUAUUUCCUCGUACCUGAUGCUUGGGCAUAUGAAAGAGGUGGAGGAAGUCAUUGACCAGUGGAAGCUCUCCACUACUGUUGAUUUCAAUACCUCCAUCUGUAGAAGUAUUAUGAAGUCAUUUUCAGAAAUUGGUUUAACUGAAAAUGCUGAAGCCUUUCGUUUGCUUCUGAUUGAGAAAAAUUGCAAUCCAUAGAUAAAUUGAAAUGAUAGUGAAUUGGAGUGUCAUAUGAUAAGGAAGCAACAAGUUUGAGAGCAAAUUUAUAAUGAAUGGACAAUUGGGAGGGAAAAAUAACUGCACCUGCAAUACCUGCGGCAAACUCUACUACCAUACUGUAGUAUUCAAGAAGCUGUAUUUUUCUGAAUUGCAGCUGUUUGGUUUUUGUUUCCAAGUCCCUGGAAUGUGGAACUCAUGAGUCAAUAAAUUUAAAUUAUGUUUCUCUCUUGGCUUCUGUGUUAGUUUGCUCUAUGCUGAUGUAACUGCUAUUACAAGAGUUGAAUUGUAUCGAUUUCCGUCUUUGGGGAGAUCUGGUUUGUCCAAAUCUUUAUUUUGGUAUGGAACACCCAAAAGUGGCUGGGCUGUAUCGCAUGGACUAAAGUUUGAAAGUGUGAUGGUUCAGUUAUUUAUUUUUUCGUUUCAAGCACCAGAAAUGAAGUGUCACUGUUUGGAAUAGACCAUAGGUGGGGUUUUGACGCACAAACUGAAAUCUUCAGUGCUGAAUGCAUGGUGGAGAAGGGAUGGGGCAUGAAAUUUGGUGAGAGGGGAAAAACAAAAAUAGGUUGAAAAAAACCGCUACUGGUGUUGCUGUUGUUUGCACGUCAUCUUACAUUUCAUAUAUUUUUGAGGUGUAUGAAUCUGAAUAUGCUCAAUUUUUGUUAUCUCAUUCCAUUUUCUAUGCAUAUCUAGUCCACAGUUGCAA